AUGGAACUUUGUGAGAGGCUGAACGCUUUUACACAAAUUGCUCGGAUAGCUUCUAACAAGAUCUUGCUUGCAGAUGAAGAUACUGAAGACGACCCUGAACAAACGGGGUCCUCUACUGCGGUCGACCCGUCGCUUCUGCCAGCGGACGAAGUGGAGGUCGAGGUGCUGACCUCUCCCAUCGCGGGUCCUAGCGGGGCCACUCAAAGAGUUGAUGUCGAGGACGACACCUCGCCAGGAGAGGCCGUGUAA